AUGAUGAUGGUGGUGGUGGUGAUGGUGGUGGUUGUGGUGGUGGUGGUGGUGGUGGAGGAGGAGGAGGAGGAGGAGGAAGAGGAGGAAGAGGAGGAAGAGGAAGAGGAAGAGAGAGUGUGUUGUUUCUUUGUUGGUUGUUUUGACCGUGAUUUUGACGUCUGUAACCACGGUCAGCCUGAAGACGGCGUGCUUCCCAGUAUUUAGUUUGGGCGCCUUUUCUAGCCCCUUCCUCCUCGGGGGUGAGCAGUGCCGCCCUAAAUAAGGCGGCCCAGUAGUGUCACGCAUUGUCAAACUCCACUCCAGGACACGUCUUUGUUUGGUGGAAAAACAACCCGAGUUAGCCUGUGACGGACUCGACAUCGCCGUAAACUUCUGGUCCCCUACCGUGUACCAGACGGAGCCUCGUCUCGACGAUGCUGAUGCGAAGUUUUAUCCGACCAGCCGACCAGCGGAGUCCACAAUACUGUGCGCGCAGAUGCACACACGGAUGCCCUCACCUCCUUUAGCCCGCCGGUCGAGGCGGUUACCGGGGUGUGGCCACGGGGCAGAUACCAGCUUCGGGGAGCCACAGGCGAGAGUUUGGCGCCGACAAGUGGACGCUAGGCGUAGUCUACACCUGAAAGCAAGUGAGCGACCUACUACGGCCGUUACGUGAACCCACCGCUGGACACCCCUACUUAGGGGAGAGGUUCACUCUAUUCUCUCUAUCCCUUGCAACAGUAUGAUAGGCUUGAGUCCAUUUAAUGUCUCGCAUGCAUCACUAAAUGUCUCGGAAAAUUCAAGGGAAUCGAAUACCAGCACAUAAACUCCACGGCCGGUUCGAAACACUGCGCAAACUGGUUGAGCGAUUGAGAGGUAAAAACGUGUUUUCUUGCGGUAAAUCAUUCACAGGUGUGGAGAACAAGUGAGAGAGCUGGCUGUUAGUGAAGUGUGGUAAUGUUUUGAAAACCUUUGUUUAGAUGUGGAAUUCAAGCGGUCCAAGGCAAAUCAAGGCCCUAGAUUAGAUAUAAUCUGCAUUAUAAAAACGAAAAGAGUAAACCAACAAACGUAUUCGAUGGUGUUUCAUGAAUGCGUUCUGUGUGGGGCAUUGCAAGCACAUACUAGUCAUGUUAAGGGCGACCGAUUUACACGGCUAUCUCAUGGUACUUCUCAAUACACGCCGAACAAAACCUAUUAACAUGUAGACCACCAGUGAGCAUUCAAACGCCUAGGUUGCGAAUGCAGACAAGCAGAGAUUUCGCCGAAGAAACAACAUCAUUUGGGAAAGCGUAAAGCCGUGAAUGACUAUGACUAAACAUGUUCCUCCCAGGAACUGAGCGCUGGUUAAAAGCGCGUCUUCGUGGCCGAUGAAACAUUUAUUUGAGGAUAAAAAUGACAUCAAAAGUCACUCUUUCGAAUAAGAUACGGCUAGUUUUCUUGUGGAUUUGAAUCUUUCAAGACUAUAUGUUCACACUGGCGUUGCGUUUAUUGAUAGUCAACUUUAAAUGAAUCAUGCCCUCCGGCGCGCCACUUUUAAUUGGGCUAUAAGCGUGCGGAGAUGGUAAAUAUCCCGAAGACCAGAAAGACUUUUUGCAAAAGUUCUAAAUGCAAAAAGCACACCUUACACAAAGUUUCUCAGUAUAAAGCUGGCAAAGCCAGUUUGUACGCCCAAGGUAAAAGGAGAUAUGACCGAAAACAGUCGGGUACGUCACCUUCAUAUCAUUUACUUUGUUAAGGCUACGGUGGUCAGACGAAGCCCAUCUUCCGUAAGAAGGCGAAGACCACUAAAAAGAUCGUUCUUCGGUUGGAGUGCACCGAGUGCAAAUACAAGCACCAGCUGCGAAUCAAGCGGUGUAAACACUUCGAGCUUGGCGGUGACAAGAAGAAGAAGGGCCAGAUGAUUCAGUUCUAA